CAGGGGCGGACUGACAACUCAUGGGGCCCCCGGGCAAUAGGGGAUCAUGGGGCCCCUGUGUCCUUGCCCAAACUCAAAAAAGCCUAUGAAAAAGGUACCAGGGGCAUCUCAUGGGGCCCCCUACUGACCCCGGGCCCUCGGUCAGUGCCCGAGUUCCCAAAUGGUCAGUCCGCCCCUGUUUGUACAUUAGAACGUAGGAAAUGCACUCACAUUCCGGAGGUCCAUAUCUGCACCAUGUAUGGUGAACAUCCAGUAAUGUACAAAUUAUGUACAAGA